AUGGCUUCAAGAUUAAUGAAAGAAUAUAAAGUUUUACAAAACCAAGCAUUAGACGAUAUUUUAUUACAUCCAAUAGAUGAAUCAGAUUUACUUAGAUGGGUUGCAUAUAUCAAAGGUCCACCAGAUACUCCAUAUGAAGGCGGUAAAUUUACCAUCGAAAUCACGGUACCAAGUAAUUAUCCUUUAGCACCACCAGUUUUUAAAUUUGUUACAAAAAUAUUCCAUCCAAAUAUUCAUUUUAAGACAGGAGAAAUUUGUUUAGAUUUAUUAAAAACAUCAUGGUCAGCAAUUUAUACACUUGAAUCAGUUUGUAGAUCUAUUAUAGCAUUAUUAGCAGCACCAGAACCUGAUAGUCCCUUAAAUUGUGACGCUGGUAAUUUAUUAAGAGGAGGUGACACUAAAGGUCAUGAUAGUUUAGCAAAAAUGUAUACUAGAAUCUAUGCUUAA